GUCCCUCCGACACAAUGGAACACUGAUCAAUGGAAAGAGCCGAAGAUGUUGGCUCUGUCAUGUGAUCAGCUGUGUCCAAUCAUAGCUGAUCGCAUCUGUCACGCUGACAGCUCGUGAGGAGAGCCGGUAAUGGGGACAUGUACACAGAUCAUCAGAGCACUGAUGAUCAGUGUAGCCCUAGCAGUGCCACCUGUCAGUGUCCAUCAAUGCCAGCUGUCAGUGCUCAUCAAUGCCACAUACCAGUGCCUACCAGUGCACAUCAAUGCCACAUACCAGUGCCCAUCUGAGCUGCCUUUCAGUGUCACCUAUCAGUGCCAGUCAGUGCCGCUUAUCAGUGUGCAUCAGUGCCGCCUAUCAGUGCUCACAAGUGCUGACUAUCAGUGCCAGCCAGUGCUGCCUAUCAGUGCCAGUUAGUGCUGCCUAUCAGUACCAUAUAUGAGUGCUGCCUUUCAGUGCCUGUCAGUGAUGCCUGUCAAUGCCCAUCAGUGCCACCUACCAGUGCCUCCUCAUCAGUGCCCAUCAGUGCCACCUAUCAAUGCCCAUCAGUGCCACCUAUCAGUGCCCAUCACUGCAGCCUCAUUAGUGCACAUCAGUGAAGGAGAAAAAAUCACUUAUUUACAAAAUGUUAUAACAAAAAAUAAGAAAAAACUUUUUUUUUUCAAAAUUUUCAGUUGUUUUUGCUUUGUUUAGCAAAAAAUAA